CCGGAGCCACCCCCCGCCGGCGCUCGUGCGCACGCGUGGCGGGUCCUCAGAACACUGAGCAGGCGCGGCCUCGUGUCGGCGGGAGGGGGCGAGUGGAGCGGCGCGCGCUGCGUCCCGGCGCUCGGCUUUCCCUCUGUGGGUCCCGCCCUCCGUCGCGGCGGCGCGGUGCACCCUGGGAUAGGGAGCGAUCUCCGAGCGAGGCAGCAAGAUGGACGCGGGAUUCUUCCGCGGAACAAGUGCGGAACAGGAUAAUAGGUUCAGCAACAAACAGAAGAAACUACUGAAGCAGCUGAAGUUUGCAGAAUGCCUAGAAAAAAAGGUGGACAUGAGCAAAGUAAAUUUGGAGGUUAUAAAGCCUUGGAUAACAAAGCGAGUAACAGAAAUCCUUGGGUUUGAAGAUGAUGUUGUGAUUGAGUUUAUAUUCAACCAGCUGGAAGUGAAGAAUCCAGACUCCAAAAUGAUGCAAAUCAACCUGACUGGGUUUUUGAACGGCAAAAAUGCUAGAGAAUUUAUGGGAGAACUGUGGCCCCUGCUGCUAAGUGCACAAGAAAACAUCGCAGGAAUCCCUUCUGCUUUCCUAGAACUGAAGAAAGAAGAAAUAAAACAGAGACAGAUUGAACAAGAAAAAUUAGCAUCUAUGAAAAAGCAAGAUGAAGACAAAGAUAAGAGGGAUAAAGAAGAAAAAGAAAGCAGCAGAGAAAAAAGGGAGAGAUCUCGAAGCCCAAGAAGACGCAAAUCCAGAUCUCCUUCCCCUAGAAGACGAUCUUCCCCUGUCAGGAGAGAGAGGAAGCGCAGUCAUUCUCGGUCUCCCCGUCAUAGAACCAAGAGCCAGAGUCCUUCCCCUGCUCCAGAAAAGAAGGAAAAAACUCCAGAGCUCCCAGAACCUUCAGUGAAAGUAAAAGAACCAUCAGUACAAGAGGCCACUUCUACUAGUGACAUCCUGAAAGUUCCCAAGCCUGAACCUAUGCCAGAGCCUAAAGAACCUUCUCCAGAAAAAAAUUCCAAAAAAGAAAAAGAAAAGGAGAAGACCCGUCCAAGGUCUCGGUCACGUUCCAAAUCAAGAUCUCGGACAAGGUCUCGCUCUCCUUCUCAUACUCGACCUAGACGGCGCCAUAGAUCCCGAUCAAGAUCAUACUCGCCUAGAAGGCGGCCAAGCCCAAGAAGACGCCCAUCUCCUCGAAGAAGAACUCCACCCAGGCGAAUGCCUCCUCCACCAAGGCAUAGAAGGAGUAGAUCUCCAGUGAGACGAAGAAGGCGUUCAUCAGCAUCUUUAUCUGGGAGUAGCUCAUCAUCCUCUUCAUCUCGUUCACGGUCACCGCCAAAGAAGCCACCCAAGAGGACAUCUAGCCCCCCUCGAAAAACUCGUAGGUUAUCUCCUUCAGCAAGUCCUCCAAGGCGAAGGCACAGGCCAUCACCUCCUGCAACUCCACCACCAAAAACUCGGCAUUCCCCAACACCCCAGCAAUCAAAUCGUACAAGAAAAAGUCGUGUUUCUGUGUCUCCAGGGAGAACUUCAGUGACAAAACAUAAAGGUACUGAGAAAAGAGAAUCCCCUUCACCAGCUCCGAAGCCUAGAAAAGUAGAGUUAUCUGAAUCAGAAGAAGAUAAAGGUGGCAAAAUGGCUGCAGCAGAUUCUGUGCAGCAGAGACGCCAGUACAGACGACAGAACCAGCAGUCUUCAUCUGAUUCUGGUUCCUCCUCCUCCUCAGAAGAUGAAAGACCCAAGAGAUCCCAUGUGAAAAAUGGUGAGGUAGGCAGGCGGCGGAGACAUUCCCCUUCCCGGAGCGCCUCUCCGUCUCCAAGAAAGCGCCAAAAAGAGGCUUCUCCUCGGAUGCAGAUGGGAAAGCGAUGGCAAUCGCCAGUGACUAAAAGUGGUAGACGGAGAAGAAGUCCCUCCCCACCACCUACUAGAAGGCGACGUUCACCUUCUCCUGCUCCUCCUCCUCGAAGGCGCCGAUCUCCUACACCACCACCACGACGAAGGACUCCUUCUCCUCCCCCUCGUCGGCGCUCACCUUCUCCUAGAAGAUACUCUCCUCCAAUACAAAGGAGAUACUCUCCUUCUCCACCUCCAAAGAGAAGAACAGCUUCUCCUCCUCCCCCUCCUAAACGAAGGGCAUCACCAUCUCCACCACCAAAGCGUCGGGUCUCUCACUCUCCACCUCCUAAACAAAGAAGUUCCCCAGUCACCAAGAGACGAUCACCUUCAUUAUCAUCAAAGCAUAGGAAAGGAUCUUCGCCAAGCCGCUCUACCCGGGAGCCCCGGUCACCACAACCAAACAAACGGCAUUCGCCCUCACCACGGCCUCGAGUUCCUCAGACCUCCUCAAGUCCUCCACCUGUUCGAAGAGGAGCAUCGCCAUCACCCCAAAGAAGGCAGUCCCCAUCUCCAAGUACUAGGCCCAUUAGGAGAGUCUCCAGGACUCCGGAACCUAAAAAAACAAAAAAGGCUGCUUCACCAAGCCCACAGUCCGUGAGGAGGGUCUCAUCCUCCCGGUCUGUCUCCGGAUCUCCUGAGCCAGCAGCUAAAAAGCUCCCAGCACCUCCAUCCCCUGUCCAGUCUCAGUCACCCUCUACAAACUGGUCACCAGCUGUACCAAUUAAAAAGGCUAAAAGCCCAACACCAAGCCCAUCACCGGCAAGAAAUUCAGAUCAAGAAGGAGGUGGGAAGAAGAAGAAGAAAAAGAAGGACAAGAAACACAAAAAGGAUAAGAAGCACAAGAAGCACAAAAAACACAAGAAGGAAAAGGCUAUGGCUGUAGCUGCCACAGCUCCUGCAACCUCUGCAGCCAUUGCUGCUGCCACAACCACAUCAGCACCAGAAGAACCAGAGACCGCACCAGAGCCUAAGAAGGAGACUGAAAGUGAAGCUGAAGAUAACCUUGAUGACUUAGAAAAGCACCUGCGUGAAAAGGCCCUGAGAUCAAUGCGGAAGGCUCAAGUGUCCCCACAGUCUUAGGUGGAAAUGUUUGUUAUGAUGUAAAUUUUAUUUGGUUUGUACGCAAUUCAAUUUCAAAAUUGCUAAAAUGUGUUUGAGCUUUAGACUAUAACAUUUGUUGUAAUAAUUGCUAGGUUGAAGUUCACCAUGUAAAAAAAAAAAGGGCAUGGAUUUACAUUGCAAAGGUGUCCACAGUGUAUUAGUGACAUUCUUUCAUUGACAGCUGACAUAAAUUCAUUUAGAGGGAAAUAUUUUAAGCCAAAAAAAAAUUCUCUUUUUAAAAAAGGGGGUUUAAAUAUUGUUGGCAUUCUUAUGGUUUCUUUAAAUGCCCCUGGCUAUUCCAGAGGAUUUUUUCCUUUUUUUUUUUUUUUCCUUUUUCUUAACUUUUUCUCCUUUGAGUCUUAGCACCCAUUUAAGUUAUGCUGCCAACCUUGUAUGGUUUGUAAGCUUGCCCAGAAAUAAGACCACUGUUGAAUCUACCACAAAAGUAUAAAUGAAUAUUUUAAUGCCACAUCUUUCCUGUUGCCUGUGGAGUCUCUGCUGAAAUGAAUCAGGAUUUGAGCUCGAGGAUGAGACAGAAUGAAAGCAUGUUGUUUGCCAGGACACUGUGGGUUUAUAUUGACAUGUAACAGGUUGAUUUGGAACACUGGAAUUUCAUUCUAUUUUGUUCUUCUGUUUUUGUUUCUUCUUUUUUUCUUUUAUAAAGGCAAUUAGUCCCAGGGAGGAUCCUUCAGUUACAUAAAAUUUGUUUUAUGCAAUGUCAUGGCUCCAUUCUUAUUUUUGUCUAGUUCUUCCAAUUGGUAUAUACAACUUUCAGAGCUCUUGUAUUUGGAAGGCUGGAAGGGCCCAUACUUUUGAAAUAGUGUCUUGGUUCCACUGUUUUUGUUUUUUUUUUUAACUAAAGCUAUAUAAAGCUUGUGGAUUAAACAGAAUAAAUUUCUAAAUUUAAAAAUGUUUGCCAC